AUGGUUAAGCAUACAAAAGAGCGACUUUUAGAAUACCCUAAUAUAAUUUCAGUUUCUGAUGAUGGCUUAACGGCAUUUUGCAAAUGUGGUCAAAAUGUAAAACUCGGAUAUCCAUAUAAUGAUAAUUACCUUAUUAUUACACAUGGUGUUUAUCUUUCACGUCAUUUAUUAGCAAAGCAGUUGUUUCCUGAAAAAUUUCUAGAAAAAGUUGAUUAUAGAAAAUUCAAUCAAUCAGAACUUGAUUUACUUUAUAAAGAAGUAAUACGAAAGUCAAAGUGGCAUAUUGAGGGAGAAACAGUUCGUAGUACUAAAUGUGAACUUUAUACAUCAAAUAUUUUGGAAAUAUGUAUUGAAUGUGUCAAUAUUAAUAAUGAUCAAGUAUUUCGGAAUGCUUUAAACAAAAAACCCAUCAAACCAUCUAAUAUAAAGCAUAUUCCAAAGAUAAUACUAAAUGAAAAUCCAAUUUCAAAAUUUCUUUUUAACAAAGAUAUUUUCACAUUAAUGGAAAUACUUGGGACUCAAAAUUCAGAAUGUUAA